CAAAACCACCCGCAGGGCGAGUUUGCUUCACUCUGACCGUCGUUUUAGCUAGCGCUCACCGCGCGACAGCGAGUCGGCUCCGUCGUAGCUCCCGUGUGUUGUGAGUAUGGCGUUCAACUUGCGUAAUCUGUUUGGUUCGAUGCCUGGGAUGGGCCAGGCGCCGAUGGACCCUGACGCCGCUCCCAUAGCCGACACGGCCGAGCAGGUGUACAUAUCGUCCCUGGCGCUGCUCAAGAUGCUCAAGCACGGAAGAGCCGGCAUCCCCAUGGAGGUCAUGGGACUCAUGCUGGGUCAGGGGGACACAUCACGGCACAGGAUAUCAAACGACAGAAACAGCUGCACUUGGCGACGUUCGGUUGUGUGUCGUCUUUCCGUGUGCGUUGAUCGAUCAGGUGAGUUCAUCGAUGACUACACUGUGCGAGUGGUGGACGUCUUCAGCAUGCCGCAGUCAGGUACAUACAUACAUACUGCACAGCACACGGGAUGAGACCGUGCGCCAUAAAACGGUCUGCCAGUACGUAAGUAAGAUCGGAUGUUCUUGUGUGUCCCUCUCUCAGGCAACUCCGUGUCCGUCGAGGCUGUUGAUCCCGUGUUUCAGACCAAGAUGCUCGACAUGCUCAAGCAGACGGGCAGGCCAGAGAUGGUCGUGGGCUGGUACCACUCGCACCCAGGAUUCGGCUGCUGGUUCUCUGGUAACCAGAUUGACUGCUGGGCAAUCUGGGACGUGUCAGGUGUCGACACGAUUGCCCCUCUGCUGUGCGUGUGUGUGUAUGUGUGCAGGUACUGACAUGAACACGCAGCAGUCGUUUGAGCAGCUGAAUUCGCGUGCUGUGGGCGUGGUCAUCGACCCCGUGCAGUCGGUCAAAGGUAUUAGCAGGGAACAGACAGACACCACAGCAGUCCUGGGGUGUGCACCGACGUGGCCGAUUGGUGCGUGUGUUUGUCAGGCAAAGUCGUGAUCGACUGCUUUCGUCUGAUCAACCCACAGCUGAUGCUACUGGGGCAGGAACCGAGGCAAACCACAUCAAACAUAGGUACUCACUCUCUCACACCGCGCCAGCCACACAAGCGACCACCUGAAUGCGGUCUGGUUGGUGUCAGGUCACCUGAACAAGCCAUCGCUGACGGCGUUGGUACACGGUUUGAAUCGCCACUACUACUCGAUCGCCAUCAAUUACCGCAAGAACGACCUCGAGCAGAAGAUGCUCCUCAGCCUACACAGGAGCAGAUGGUCCGACGGACUCACUCUAGAGGUACGUGUGUCAACCUCGACACACCCACACACGCGGGGGGCAACACAUCCUUGCUGUCUGUGGCUGUGUGGCUUCCCUUCCUCCCAUUGCUGGUGCGGUGCAGCCGUUUGACGAGCAUCAGGGGAGGAACGAGAGUCUGAUCAAGUCGACCAAGGAGCUGUCUGAGAAGUACAACAAGAUGAUUCAGGAGGAACUCAAGAAGACACCGGAGGAGCUCGUGGUCGCCAACGUGGGCAAACUCGACGCCAAAAAGAGGCUGCAGGGCGACGUCGACAAGCUCAUGACCCAGAACAUCCUCCAGUGCAUGGGCGCCAUGCUCGACACUCUCGUCUUCUGACUCACUCACUCCAUCCACCUACUCACUCACUCACUCAUCCACUCACUGUCUGGCUGCUCCCUCCUUGACGUGUGUGGUGUUCAUUCAUACGAGGCUCCUUCACCAUCGCACUUGUGUCCACCGACAGGCACAAGCGCGUCCGGCGAGAGGGCCGUCGUGAUGACUGACCCAUAGGCAAGGAAGGAAGCCAGUGUCGAUUGAGCUGAGCUGUAUUUUCGAUUGCAUGAGAGACAGACAACCGUGUUGUGAGUGCGUGUCAUGGCGGACAGACGACCAAUGCAUUCACCUGCCUGGGCGUCCGAGGUUUUUCGCGUCAAUCGCACGUCGUGCACGUAGCUACGCUUAACGCAUUCAUCAAUGAUGAAGUCGCAAGCUUCUUGGUCGCUACAAGCUUGUGCAUCCCACCACUAUCCAGGGGCUUAGUGUGUGGAAUGACAGGCAUAUAUGUGGUGGUGGCUACUCGCAACCACGGUAGGAGGGAUAGUCGGUCUGGUGUAGAUGGCUGGGAGGAAGGAAAUACUUACUGGCUCGAAUGGCAUGUGUGGAUGUCUGGCUCGAAUGGAUGCGUCUUUGUGUGACGAUAUCUGCAUGGAUGGAUGGAUGGAUGGCCCAUUCGAUCAUGGAUCGAUGGAAUGCUCAACUCAUUCAUACCCAUGCUCAACAACACGG